AUGCUGGGCGAUGACAUUAAUCAACAAUUGGAAUAUCAAGCACAACAAACAUUUCGGGCCGAUGAACCUACUAUGACAAUAGAUACCGGUCUUCAGCCUAUCUUUCUCAAGAGUGAGCUACCAUGGAAAUUUGACAAAAAUACAAAAAUUAAUUAUCUUGUUGUCUCAAAUAAUGUUUUUAUUUUACAUUUAAAUGAGAAAACUUUACAACGACGAUGUCUCGAUGAAACACCAAAAGACACAAAAACUUCAUCAUUUCCAGAGGUUCAAAUGCCAGAUGCGAUAAGUAAAGUAUUUCUUGAUCCCUACGGUCGUUUAGUUAUUGUAUCAACACGUGAUAAACGUGAUGUAUACAUUCUUGUAUCAUCAACAAAUUCAUUAAAAUUAAUUAAAAAACCAAUACGAUUUGGAAAUGCUACAUCAUUUAUCCUUGUUUCUGUUUCGUGGUGUAAUCGAUUUUUACAACAACAAAAUGAUGUUGUUGCACUUCUUGCUGGUCAAGAUGGAAGUAUCUAUGAAGUAUCGAUUCGAUCGGAUGGUGAAUUAUCAUCAUGUAAUGAAGUUUAUCCAUCAUUUAAAUCUAUUAUGGAUAUGAAUAGAGAUAGUGUUACCGGUAUUUAUUGUGAUGUUAAAUCUGCUUAUGAAGAUAAUACAAAUAUAUUUGUUGUUAUUACCACACAAAAAGCUUUGUAUUAUUUUGAACAUCAAAUUGAUUCAUCACGUAAAUCAGAUUAUUUUUCAACAUUUUUUGCUUUUUUUCGUGAUGCUUCAUUAUCUGAUUUAAAACAUCUGGAAUUUCCAAGUGGUAAUGCUCAAAGUGAAAUUCAAUUAUUUGUUAAACGAAAAUCAUCUACAACACAAUUAUUACAGAGACAAUUUGCAUGGAUAACAGGUGCUGGUCUAUUUUAUACUGAAAUAGAUCCAGUUAAUGUUCAAAACUCUUUUAUUCAACGUCAUCGUAUUAUUGAUUAUUAUAUUGAUAAAAGUCUUAAACAAAGAGAUGAAGAACAACCACCAAAAUCUGUUGCAUUAACAGAAUUUCAUUGCCUUAUGAUGUUUCCGAAUGAAAAUCAAAUACGUGCUGUAUGCACUGUUAAUAAAAAAAUUGUUAUGAUUGAUGGUUCUAUGGCAAGUGGUAGACCAGUUUGUUAUGCACGUGAUCAAAUUCGUGAUCAAUUAUGGGCAUGUACUGAUGAACAUGUUCUUCGUUAUACUAUCAAUGAUGAACGUCGUGAUGUUUGGCGUGUAUUUAUGCAAAAACAAGAUUUUCAAAAAGCUUUUGAAACAUGUGUUGUAGUAGAUGAUCCAGAUGAAACAGCACGAAGACAACGUUCAAUUAAUUCUAAACAUGCUGAUUAUUUAUUUAAUGAAAAAAAAUAUACACUUAGUGCAACUAUUUAUGCUACAUCAGAUACAUCAUUUGAAGAUGUAACAUUAAAAUUCUUUGCUUUAAGAGAUAAAGAACCACUUCGAGAAUAUCUUCAAGCUGUUUUACAAUAUCAAAAACCAUCAACAGAUAGUACACAAAUAACAAUAUUAACCUUAUGGUUAACGGAUUUAUUUUUAAAUGAACUUGAUGAAUUACGUCAAAAAGACAGUACAACAACAAAUCAAACAACAACAUCACCUAAUUCAAAUAAUAGAUCACCAUUUAAUCUUCAAUCACAGGAUGAAUUUUUAGAUGAAAAUAGUCGAAAAGAAAAAUUUGAUGAAAUUCGUCGAAAAUUUCAAUAUUUUUUACGUAAACCAGAAAUUCAAUCAUGUCUUAAAGAACAUCGUUCAGCUAUGUAUGAUUUAUUAACAAGUCAUGGUGAUCUUGAUGAUUUAAUUUUAUUUGCUGAACAUGUACAAGAUUAUGAACGUGUUAUUUUACUUUAUCUUGAACGUGAAGAUUAUGAAAAAGCAUUAAAAACACUUGAACCAUUAAGUAAUUAUCAACUUCUUUAUAAAUAUUCACCAACAUUAAUUGAAAAAUUACCUGAAAAUCUUAUAUCUGUUUGGAAAAAGAAAUAUAAUGAACGUUUUGAAGCUAAAGAAUUAUUACCAGCAAUGAUUGCUUAUUCACGAGCAUAUCCAACAGGUAAAGCUGUAUUAGAUUUUUUAAAAUUUUGUUUAACAAGAGGAUGUAUUGAUAAAUCAAUUCAUAAUUAUCUUCUUUCGGAAUAUGUCAAAUUUGAUCCUAGUCAAAUAAUGCCCUAUUUAAGAAAUCAAAAAGAAGAUCCUCAUAUAAUAACUUAUGAUCCAAGAUAUGCAUUACGUCUUUGUAUUGAUCAUGAUCUUAAAGAAGAAAGUGUCUUUUUAUAUCGUUUAUUAAAUAUGCAUGAAGAAGCUGUUGAUACAGCUUUACAAGUAAAUGUUAAAUUAGCAAAAGAAUGUGCAUCAACAGUUCCAAGUAGUGAUGAACGAGCAAAAAACUUGUGGCUUAAAAUUGCUAGUUCUGUUGUAACUCAAGGACAUGAUCUUAAUGAAGUAAUGGAAAUUCUCGAAGAUUGUGGUAAUGAUUUACUUAAAAUCGAAGAUAUUCUUCCAUUAUUUCCUGAUUUUGAAACAAUUGAUCAAUUUAAAAAACCAAUUAUUAAAUCAUUAGAACAUUAUAAUGAUCGUUUAAAUGAUUUACGAAAUGAAAUGAAUGAUGCAUCAAAAUCUAUAGAUGAUAUACGUGAUGAUUUAGCUAAAUAUCGUACACGUUGUGUUGCAUCAAUUGAUUCAUAUGCAACAUGUUCAUUAUGUGAACAAGCAUUAAUGUUACAAUCAACAUUUUAUAUAUUUGCUUGUGGUCAUUAUUUUCAUGGUGAUUGUUUAUUUACAUAUGUACGACGUUUAAUGAAACGUAAAGAUGAACAUAAUUUAGAUGAAACAAAUCGUUCACAAACAGCAACUAAAAGUGGACAAGUAAAUGAACAAAAUAAACAAAAACUUGAUAAAUCUUUAAAAAUAAAUGCAAUACAAAAAGAUAUUGAUACUGUUAAUCGUUUGCAAUCAAUAAUAGCUAGUGGUAUAGCACCACCAUCACGUGAUAUGGAAAGUGUACAACAAGAACUUGAUGAUCUUGUUGCUUCACAAUGUGUAUUAUGUGGUGAAACAGCUGUUGAUUAUUUAGAUCAACCACUUGAUGCAAUUUUAUAA